GCGGUGAGCUCGGGGCCAAGCGCGAUAUGUCCCAAUGAAGACUAGCGCCGGGCACUUCUGGGUUCGGCUGGAUUUUGCACCAGCAAAAACGAACGGCUUGACUGGCCCUUCACCUCAAAGUCGGCUCUCUCUCUCUCUCUCUGCGCUGCUGCUCUCAGCAACCUCUCGUGUCUCUCCGUCCACCCUGUUACUACUAGCUGUUACUUACCACACUCCCCCAAACUUAACUUCCCUCACCACUCUUCAACCACACACACACACACACACACACACACACACACACACACACACACACACACACACCCUACUUACCAACUCCCCUCACCCUACCCUCCACAUAUACACAAACACCCCAUCUUCCUCUUCAUAUUUCCUUGCAAUUAUCAUCCUCAGCCAGUUUUUCAUCUGCUCCCACCUCUUUGUCUCUUGAAACAAGCUCCGUCUCUCUUCGUCCCCGUGCUUUUUCCCUCCCGAAUCUGUUGCCUCGGGCUUUUCCCUCGCACACUCAAUUCCGGAAUCGCACAAGGUUCUUUCUGUUAUUAACCUCGACGACUCCGACGCGCCACCUUCUUACCUUUCAUUGAUCUUUUCUUUUCUUUUUGAUUCACUUCAUUGCGCCUUCGGGGAGCAAUUUGUUCGCACAUUUCACGUUGUAAGUCC